GAUAGUCUGGAGCGGGCCUUUCGUAGUGCUAGAAAAUUUGGUUGGCGUAUCCUUUGGAAUGCCGAAGCGGCAAAGCGAACUCCAGCUCCUCCAGGAUGCCUACAAGGAAAAAUUAUCUAAACACACACUUGAUAGCGAUGAGGAGGAUAUCGAAGAUGAGGAUGAAAGGGUGCGAGGAGAUGAUAUUAAGGGCCAGGAGGAUGCGACAAUUGAGUAUGAUGAAGAAAUAAGAAUUACUCCUUUCAAUAUGAAGGAUGAGCUUGAAGAUGGAUAUGUUGAUGGUUCUGGAAAUUUUAUAUUUAAUAAGAAGGCAUUUCAUUACACACAACAAACAGAUAAUUGGCUAGAAGAUAUAGACUGGCUGGAAGUAAAAAAAAUGCAAAAUGCCGGCAAAUACAAAGAAACAGACAUAGCUCGAGACGAAGAUUUAUCACUUACCUUGCCAGAAAAAAUGAGGAUGUACGAGCAGACGGUCGCAUUUUUGAAUAAAAAGGAAAACAUUCUUCGUGCUAUCAAGAGGAUGAGUGCUUGUUCAGACCCCAAAAAGUCUUCUUCAGCAAGUCAACGUUGGCUCAAGGCUAGAUUGAAGGGCCCUGAAGCUACCCAUGACAGUGGGGAUCCUGAGGGGCUUAUACGUCUGACUGAGCUGGCAGAUCGCUUGCUUCAGAGUGGUGAUUUCGAUAUUUAUCAAAAAUCCCGAGAAGAGCUUGAAGAGAUUUUAUUGCUUAGUAAGACGAAAGCAGAAGAUGAUGAAUUAGAUGCAUUUGGAGAGGCCUUUGACUCAGAAUCUAAAUGCAAAGGAGGCACUUUGGCGUCGAAUAAUGGUCAUUCAAAGGCUAGUACUCAGGAAACUCACUCCAGUUCGCAACAUGACAAAGAAAGCAAGGUGUUUUGGGAGAUAAAGAAAUCGUACCACUCUGAUUUUCCUAUUGAGGGACCUUAUGAUACAAAACAAAUGCAAUCCUGGUUAUCGGAAGGAAAGUUUAAUAAUGAAUCUGUUAUUUUAGUCCGCCAGGCAAACAAGGAGGAAGGCAUCCCUUCUUCCGAUGGAGAUAUGGGCAGAUUUGAGCGCAACUUUGAAUUGGUUCUGCCUGGCAAAAUGCCUAUGAUCAUGUAA